AUGACGCAACUCUUCGCAUCCAACCCGUCGACCAUGUCGAACGAAAAGCGCGGGAAUUUCCCCGGCCUCUCCUUGCCCACCCGCAAACACUCCAACGAAUCAGGCCACCUACCUACCAAGAUCAAGAAUUUCUUCCGGAUCAACAGUUCCAGCAGUCACUCGUCCCACAGCGGCAGUCCCGUCGGCCACGAUCGUGAACGAGAGAAAGAGUCGCCCACCAAGAACGAGAAGUCCACGUUCCGACAGUCUCGAUUCCUCCCCACCAUCGGCCGCAACCGGUCCACCACUGUCGCCAGUGAGGGCAAUCCGCUAGAUGACGGCGUGUCGCCCACGGCUACCGCCAACCCCUACUUCGCCCACCAGGGCCAGCCUGCAUUGCGACACCGAAAUGACUGCUCCCCUCCUUCGUCCCCUCCCGAUACCCCCGAGCUGCAGGUCACCGGGGUCUCUGCUGUGGAGCAGGCUACAACCGCGAACAAGGAGGAAUUGGCUCGCAAGCUGCGCCGCGUGGCUUCGGCCCCGAAUGCGCAAGGUCUCUUUAACAGCCAGGGGGACGAACGUCCCCAGACGGCUGAGAUUGGCAAGGAACCUCUGGCGGAGGUCUCUGGUGUCGAUAGCUCCGUGGGUCUCACCGACGGCAAGGGAGGUGUGCUGGUUGUGCCUCCGGUAGGCGUUGACAGUAAAGUGUCCGGCGGUGGAGACGCUCCGUUUCGCCGGACCUACAGCUCGAACUCCAUCAAGAUCCGCAAUGUCGAGGUGGGACCUGCCAGCUUCGACAAGAUCAAGCUGAUCGGCAAAGGUGACGUCGGAAAGGUGUACCUGGUCCGAGAGAAGAAAUCAAGCCGUCUGUAUGCCAUGAAGGUUCUCAGCAAGAAGGAAAUGAUUAAGCGGAACAAGAUCAAGCGCGCUCUCGCCGAGCAAGAGAUUCUGGCGACAAGUAACCAUCCGUUCAUUGUCACCUUGUAUCAUUCUUUCCAGUCCGAGGAUUACCUGUACCUCUGCAUGGAAUACUGCAGUGGCGGCGAGUUCUUCAGAACUCUUCAAACCCGGCCCGGAAAGUGCAUUUCCGAGGAUGCUGCCAGAUUUUAUGCUGCCGAGGUGACCGCUGCUUUGGAAUAUCUCCAUCUCAUGGGAUUCAUUUACCGCGAUCUCAAGCCAGAAAAUAUUCUUCUUCAUCAGUCCGGCCAUAUCAUGUUGUCGGAUUUCGAUCUGUCUAAGCAGUCUGGUCCUGGCGGAGCUCCUACAAUGAUUCCUGGUCGAAGCGGCGGCAACUCAUCUGCUGCACUGCCAACUAUCGAUACCAAAUCCUGCAUCGCUGACUUCCGCACGAACUCGUUUGUUGGGACGGAAGAGUACAUUGCACCAGAGGUCAUCAAGGGUUGUGGCCACACCAGUGCGGUUGAUUGGUGGACCCUUGGUAUCCUCGUAUACGAGAUGCUCUACGGAACUACCCCUUUCAAGGGCAAGAACCGAAACGCGACCUUUGCUAGUAUCUUGCGGGACGAGGUGAACUUCCCCGAGGGCUCGGGUGCACAACAGACCUCCACUCUUUGCAAGUCUCUGAUCCGCAAGCUACUGAUCAAGGACGAGACCAAGCGUCUUGGAGCCCGUGCCGGUGCUUCUGAUGUCAAGACUCAUCCUUUUUUCCGGUCGACCCAGUGGGCUCUUAUCCGUCAUAUGAAACCACCAAUGAUCCCUCACCAGGGCCGUGCUGGUACCGACACUGUGAACUUUCGCAAUGUCAAGGAGAGUGCUAGUGUGGAUAUCGGUGGCACUCACCCGGCCAAGAUGCAGGGUGUCCCCAUGGAUUCUGGCUUGGCAACUCCUAAUGGCGAGUUAAAUGACCCAUUCGAAGAGUUCAACAGUGUCACUCUCCACCACGAAGGCGACCACUGA